CCAAAACAAUUAGGUUUGGACUAGCGUGCUAAGGCUGCCAAAAUCCCGAUGCACUGGGUGGCAGUAAAGGGGGAUAGACAAUGUCAGCUUUUCUCUGACAACAUUUAAUUCAGAUUCCCAACCUCCCAGGAAAACCACAGCCAUGUGGCCUGCUCUUGUCUGGCUGAGUUGACAUGACACAUUGAACCAUGAAUGCUCUCUAUCAGCUGCGUUCCCACAACAAACUAAUCUAAAUAGUGGUUGGCCAGGUGAAGCUUUCCCAACGGAGACAAAGGUGCACCUGUGUAGUUCUUGGGCCAUUUGUUUUAAAAACAGUACUGCUCUCCAAAUUGAUCUAUGCCUAGAAGCAACAUGUCAUACUCUUGUUGAGAGCUAUGGCGCUUUAUAUCUAGGGCAGGAUUCCAAAAAAAUAUCCCGGGCAACAACCCAUCUUGGAGAGUCGUCGCUCGGAUCAAUGCACUCGGCGUAUGUUCAAAGAUUUUAAUUCGCAUAAAGGAAGGAGAUAAUUUGAUACUGCCGACCUAUUCUAGAGUCUUUCUCUCGUCGUCCUCCCCCCCACCCGUAAUGUACUUAGUGUUUGUCUAUUGUUAUUUCAUUGGAUUCUCACAUCAGGGAUCCUCCCUUGCCGAAUCCCGCUCUACUUUUCCCGCAAAGUUCUUCGCUAUUCGUGAAACGGUCGGACUUCGGCCACUCGUGGCUGGGCAACCGCCGGGGGGCGCGCGAGGACGAACGUUGGGAGCCCCGGCGGCGGCUUAAGCGGUCCAUGGAGCCGCCGGUGGAGGCCGGAGGCUCCGCGAGAGAAAGAGAAAGGGAGAGGAGGGAGCGAGAAGCGAUGGCUUACGGCAACCCUGUGCCUAAAUUCUACAAGUCGGUCAUUGAUGAUGUGAUUGAAGGAGUCCGAGAUGUUUUUGUGGAAGAAGGUGUAGAUGAACAAAUUCUGAAGGAGCUCAAGCGGCGCUGGGAAAUGAAAGUGAUGCAGUCUAAAGCAACUGAAGGUUUCUUCCACCAUAGUCAUGUUUUGCCCCAGUUUACCCUGCAUCUUCCAUCCAGCUUCCAAGCCCUGCAGACUACAGGUGUUACUGCAAGCAGAGGAAUGCAUCAGUUCGCUAACUCUACAACACCAGCAGUAGCAGCUGAACUAGAGUCUUCCCAGUCUAGUGGGGCCAUCUUUUCUCUGGCUUCUGGCCUUACCUAUCCUAUUCAAAUGCCUCCUGGUGUGACUCUUCAGACAGCAUCUGGGCACUUGUAUAAAGUCAAUAUGCCUGUGGUUGUCACUCAAACUACUGGUGGAGGAACUGCCAUCCAGACUCCACUUCAACAAAUAUUCCAGCAAGUUGGGAAGCAAUCCUUGGUGCCUCAGCCAGCCCCAGUCAAUAUUAUACAGGCAAACACAUCUUCUCUUCAAGAAAUCAGCAAUGGUAGCUUGCUGACCUCAAAACCUGCUGUGCCCCAGCAUCUAAAGAUGGGGGAUAAAGACCUGCUUGGGGCUACUGCUGCCACACUAAAAGCCACCAGAAGUCAGGGGGAAGUUGCAAUAGGGACUCUGGUAAGCCUGAAACCCUCAAGUUCUUUACAGACUCCCCAGAUAGCCAUUACAACUCUUCCUGUUGCAAAGUCAUCUGGAUUAGACAACCCCAGGUCCAGAGAAGCAAGAGAAGUCAUUUCUUCUGGUGGGGGACAAUUGUCUGUGAAUCUUGAGCAGCCUCCGGACUCUGAUGAUAUAAUUGAGCUGAUAAUUAUGGGCAAUGACUUGGAUGACACUGCCCUUCUCUCUGAUGAAACCAGCCUCUCUCUUGUUGAAGAGUUAGAUACCAGUGUGCAAAUGGAAUCAGACCUGCUGGCCCAGAAAAAUAUUUCAAAUGAUCUUGAAGAAAUCAUUCAACUAGAUGGGACAAGUGAUCUUUCACCCAAAGCAGAAAUAGAAAGUCCAAGAGAUGGAGAAGAUGAAGAGCUUGUUGGUAUAAUUGAUGCUGAAGAUUUAAAAGUCCUGGAUGAGGAAGAAGAGGAAGGUGAAAAUAGCACUUCAGACAAUCAGUCUCUCAACAGUGCUAGUGAUGCUGAUGAAUCCUCAGUUGAUAUUGUUGAGGAGGAUCCUUUAAAUUCUGGUGAUGAUGUUAGUGAACAAGAAACACCUGAUGUUUUUGACACUGAUAAUAUAAUUGUAUGCCAAUAUGACAAGGUUCAGCGAAGUAAGAACAGAUGGAAAUUCUACUUGAAAGAUGGUGUGAUGUGCUUUGGGGGAAAGGACUACAUUUUCUCCAAAGCCAUUGGAGAUGCAGAGUGGUGAAACUUACAGAAAUAUCUGCAGGAUUUUUAAAAACUAUUUUGUAAAAUUCUGUAAGGAAAUAUUGAAUUUUUUGUGUUCUGGAAAUAAUUCACAUGAGGAAAGUAUGUGACUCUAUAAAAAUCCAGUAUUGACAA